AUGUGGCGGUGUUGUGGUUGGUUGCACGUUGCUUUGCUGCGGAGGCGGUGGGCCUUGAUUGUUUCACCGACAGGCGUUGCAGUGCGGCUGCAUGGCGCACCGACAGCCCCGCCGUGCGAGUGCCACGCCCAACGCCACUGGGACAGCGGGACGAAACAGCCGCGAGUGUACUUUGGAGCCAGCGGCACCUGCUGGCCGCAGUUGGGCGGUGCGAGUGGAAUGCUUCACCACACGGGUGUUGUGAUGGCACCUCGAAGCGGCAUCCCCGGCGAUGGUUCCGACGCUGCAACUCGCAGAGGAGUGGAGGCGCAGCAACCGAAGUGGACCAUGAGCAGCAGCGUAGAGGACAUUCUGCUGGGUGGAGACACUCUCAGCACCGACAUGAAGCUGAACGAUUUUCUUCGGAAUUAUGUUGGCGGCAGGGCGGCCGUUGGUGAAGACCACAACGUGACGAUGCAGGUGUUUCUUCAGGAGCCGGAUGCUUACGUACAAAACCAGCGGCUUCUUAGAAUUAUUUUUAAUUUAACAGAGUACCAAGAGCUGAAAAUACUAUUGGAGGCUAUCAAUAAACUUCAUCACGAGGGUGUUGUCUCGCUUGAAGAAUGGAGGGACUAUGAAGGAAAGGAUACAAUCACUCCUUUUCCAAAGGCAAAACUAAACAGAGUUCUCACUAAGGUACAGACAGAAGAAAGGCUAAUAAGAGCACAAGAAAUGAAAUUUACCAUUUCCACUACGAUCGAAGAAGUACUGUUUAAAGGAGGAGUCCGCGUCAAUGAAAAAAAGCUGAACGACUUUCUUACGAGGGAAUUGGAUGGCAGGGGCGUUGUGGCCACCAAUCGGAGUGUUUUGCUUAAGGAGUUUUUCAAGGAUCCCAAGAAGUAUAUCCGUGUUAAAGGAGUAUUGAGCGAAAUACAGGCAACAGAUGCUUAUGCGAGGAUGGAGAGGGCUGUAAGGGGCGAAAUAAUCUUCGAAGAAGAUUUAAGCAAGCUUUACAAAAAUGGUGUCAGCAAUCUACUUGGGUGGUCAGAAGCUGCUGCAAACGUAAAAACAACUGUUCAUAAAUUCACUAAACAAUCCUUGGAUGCAGCCCUUGAGGAGGUGAGGAAACCAACGACGACGAUUGCAGCGGAGAAAAUGGAGGGAUUGUACGAGUCUGUGUACAAUGCGAGGUGGAGCCAUGUGGUGGAACUUCCCGACGGCGAAGAGCAAAAGAAAACAGGAAUGGAGGUGAAGAAGGGGAAGCCGAUACACUCAUGGACGUACAAGGAAGUUGGCGAAAGCUUCGAAAAGGAUGACGCUGUGCGAAAAUCCGGUGAGGAAACUCCCGUGUUGAUGGUGCUCACCUCGGACAAGGGAUGGCCGUACACGCUGAAUGUGCUACAUGGGGCUGGUAAUGACUUUUUUGUUAACUCUGAGGUGGAGCGAGUGUGGCAGAUCGUCCUUGACGAUCUAACCAAGUGGUUCAGCAACUUUGAUUUGACUCUCAAUCCUUCGCCUAUGCCGCGUGUGUUGAUUGGGACGCCCGGGAUCGGGAAGUCGAUGGCUGCCGGUUCGUACCUUCUCUACCAGCUGCUGCACUUUGAUGUCGAGAAACUCCAAGUGGUUGCCCACUGUUUUGGAAGCAAGAUGUACGUGUUUGACAAAACCACCAAAACCGUGACAAAAUACAAGGGUAAUGCAAUAUCCGAGAGUGUUUUGUAUGAUUUGUGGAAGAGUGGGAUGAAAGGGUAUAUUAUUUACGAUGUGGCAAAGAAAGGAACACCGCCCGAAACAGGUUUUGCACCCUCUACUGGAUGGGGCAUGAUUGUGGUGUCAUCGCCAGAGGUAAGCAACUAUGAUGAGUGGGAGAAGCAAACAAAAGCCAGUCGAAUCAUAAUGAAUUGCCCUGACGAGAUGGAUGUGGAGGCGAUGUGUGCAUGGAUGAAGCGUGAUGAGACUAAAGAGAAAAAAGCGGGAUACUGGAAGAAGGUCAAAGAACGCAUGGUUAUAGUGGGGCCGAUUCCACGUCACAUCUUUGAUGAGAAAAUUUAUAUUAAUCGCUUGGGUGCCGUUGAUGGUGCUUUGUUAGGGAUCAAACCUAAUGAUGUUGAAGAGUACUUUUCCCUGGGAGGAGAGAAAAAAUGGUAUUCCGAGGAUCCGUCUCACAAACUUGUGAAGAUCGUCCGGGCAAGAACAGUUGAAGGUGCUGAGGUAUUUCUCAAUGCAUCAAUAAGUGCUGAUAUCGGGUUUCGAACUGCGGACUGUUUGGCAAAGAAAAUGGCUACGAAGGAUAUUUUGUUGCUAAUAUUGGGGUCGCGUGGUGCUCUUGCUUCCCAAGCUCUGGAACAAUUGGGUUUGCGCGUAUUCAUGCAUGGGGAGUUUGUCAGUGCACUAGUAAAGGAACUAAAUGAGCUGAGGCCAUCAGAACGUGAAGCACAGGAUUCGGUGCUGAAAAUAAACCGUCAAGGAUACCCCACUCGCACCGUUGGAUUACCGUCGAUGGAGGGCGGUGUCACGAGGAUUUCGAUGGAGUACGGGGUGCUGUACAUACCGGCGGUCCAAAACUUUCCGCUGGUGGACGGCUUUUUCUUUGUUGAUUCGCCGCGGAAGACGCUGGUUGGGCUGCAGAUGACGACGGCGGGUGCGCAUCACACCACCGCCAGCACUGUGAAGCAGUUCACUGAGUGCCUGGCGGAAUAUUUUGAAGGAUGGGACGAAUUAUCCCAAGACAUGUCGUGGGAGAUGAUUUACGUGCAGCACGAAAACAGCACAAUGAUAACGAAAUGGCAGAGAUGUGGUCCCGUCAAUCCCAAAAAUUUGAGCGACGCGGAAAAAGAAAUUGUGGCGUUCUGGGACGGAAAGGUACACCAAUACCAGUUUGUGUUGACAACUGAUUUUGUAAAUAAAAUCCGAGAAAAGUGA